AUGCAUGGGGAGGAGGCUUGGCUGGCCUGCAGCAUAUAAAACCUUUCAGGCAACUGCAGGUAUAUGCAGAUCACCAUGGGGAUGCUAGUGCCCACUGCUCUGGCUGCUAGGCUGGUGAGCCUGUUCCAGCAGCAUCUGGACUCCCUCUGGAGCGGCCUGGCCAUCCUAUUCUGCCGGAUGAGAAUAGCACUGGGAUGGAUAGGUUCCGGAAGGGGACAGUCUCAGCCACAGGUCAAGGCUGAGCCCAAGGAGACUCAGGAAAAACUGAACAGUUCUCAGCCCGUGACCCCCGUUAGCGUCAACUACCACUUCACUCGUCAAUGCAACUACAAAUGUGGCUUCUGCUUCCACACAGCCAAGACAUCCUUCGUGCUGCCCCUGGAGGAGGCCAAGCGUGGACUGCUUCUGCUCAAGCAGGCUGGUAUGGAAAAGAUCAAUUUUUCAGGAGGGGAGCCCUUCCUGCAGGACAGGGGUGAAUAUGUGGGCAAGCUUGUGAGGUUCUGCAAGGAGGACCUGGCCCUGCCCUCCGUGAGCAUCGUGAGCAAUGGCAGCCUCAUCCGUGAGAGGUGGUUCAAGGACUAUGGUGACUAUUUGGAUAUUCUUGCUAUCUCCUGUGACAGCUUCAAUGAGGAAGUCAAUGUUCUCAUUGGCCGAGGUCAAGGGAAAAAGAACCAUGUGGAAAACCUCCAAAAGCUGAGAAAGUGGUGUAGAGACUACAAGGUAGCUUUCAAGAUCAAUUCUGUCAUUAAUCGCUUCAACGUUGACGAAGACAUGAAUGAACACAUCACGGCUCUGAGCCCUGUCCGCUGGAAGGUCUUCCAGUGCCUCCUAAUUGAGGGUGAAAACUCUGGAGAAGAUGCCCUGAGGGAAGCAGAAAGAUUUCUUAUAAGCAAUGAAGAAUUUGAAGCAUUCCUAGAACGUCACAAAGAGGUGUCCUGUUUGGUGCCCGAAUCUAACCAGAAGAUGAAAGACUCCUACCUUAUUCUGGAUGAAUAUAUGCGCUUUCUGAAUUGUACUGGUGGCCGGAAGGACCCUUCCAGGUCCAUCCUGGAUGUUGGGGUGGAAGAAGCGAUAAAAUUCAGUGGGUUUGAUGAAAAGAUGUUCCUGAAGCGUGGCGGGAAGUACGUGUGGAGCAAAGCCGACCUGAAACUGGAUUGGUGAACCUGAGACUAGAAGGAGACCCUGACCAGCUGUGGAGAGGUCCACGUCCCGCUGUCCUCCACCACCCAAGGUCCCUGGUCUUUCUCCAGGUGUGAAGACCUGACUCUCUGUUGUACAGCCCCUGGCCAUCUGUGGAUUAUCAUCACUGAGAACGCAGUCUGUUUGCUUGUUGGUUCCAGUUCAGCUUAACUAAGAAAAGGGUUGUAAAACCACGCAAUGAUAGCUUGUAAAACAGACAACCUGCCUGCGUGUGGAGACAGAGUUCAGUUCACAGAGGAGCAAGGUGCAGCGGUCCCAAAGACCAGUGUAUUUAACUUGUAUUUGAAUUUUUAAGGAAUUAUACUGUGAAUCCCUCGUUUCCUUCUCUUUUUUUUUCCUUCCCUACUUGAAAGAGUGAGUUAUCUUCUGCUAAAUAUGCCAGUUUUGCCACCAGGAAGCAUCACAAAACACGUGCUCUAAUUACUAUUCUGAUGCUUUUCUGCUUUGGAAUGUUAAACUUCUGAUUUGGAACUAUAGGAAGAAUCAAGACACAUCCAAAGGGCCAUGGAGGAGAAUCUUACUCAUCUGCCAAGAGCUAGUGGAGGGGAUUAUUCCAGAGCCUGAUGGUGCUGCAUGAAGGAUGGCUGUUCCACACUGUGCCAACUCCUCCAGGGUUCCUUACAACACCAAGGUACACUUCGCCUCUUACGACAUGGGCGUGAGGGUGGCAUUUGUGCAGCUGCGCCCUCCCGGUCCUGAGGCUGCCCGAGUCUGUCACAAUAAAGCAGGAGUUUGAGUAGAAGAAGGUCAUUAUUUCACUCUGAAAAGCAACAAUGGCUGUGCUGGCGCAUUUCAUAAAAGUCGUGGGAGCGUGGGCAGGAAGGAUGCGUCGGGAAUACAUGGAUGUGGCUGGCUCGGCAUAAAACACCUGUGGCCCAAGGAACUCUGAAAUGCGGCUCGGUCCAGGGGGAUAUAAGAACCAGUUCCGCUUCUAGACCAAAAAGGCAGAAGAGACAACGUGACUGAGUAAAAAUCCUCUUCCCUUGCAAGCAUUGCAUGAAGUUUAUCAAACCAGGACAGCGUCUCACUGCCUACAAAAUAAUAAUUUCCUGUUCAAGAGCAAAAGUUGCUGAGAGUUGUGUUUUGCCCAAGGAAUUUAACACUGCUGAAAUUCCACUGCUGCCGCUAGAGGGCACUGAGACGCCGGACUUCAUUAAGCAUCUCAGAAAUUUUGCUUUAGAGUCUAUUUUUAGGACUCGGUGAAUUCUGGUUCUGUUCCUUCAUUGUUUGCUUGUGUGUGUGUGUGUGUGUGUGUGUGUGUGUGUGUGUGUGAGUGUGUUUGGAUAAGUACUAAGAAUUUGGUAAGGAACUGGAUUUGUGAGUAUUUUUCUCACAAAAGAUGUACAUAUACUUCAGUUAGGUCACUAUAAUUCAGCUGAGACACACUUUUGUUUCGUCAAAAAUAGGUCAGGUGUUCUGUGUUUUCUACUUUGUUUGUGUGCUUGUUUACUUUUUUAUUUUUUAUUUUGCUUGAAGCUGGAUGUAACUAUGAUGUAGCCUGGAACUCAUGAUCCCCUUUGCUCUAACUUCCCCAGUUCUAGGGAUAACAUUUGUAUAUCACCAGACUCCUAUACUGAUAUUUUAAAGAGAAGAUUGAAUCACAUUUUUUCCAGGCCGAUUUUGAUAUUUUUUUAGUUAAGUCCUCUGUAGUCAGCUUACCUGGGAAAGCUCAGAGGACAUGGACAGAUGCCUGCUUGGUCAGAUGACAGGAAAGCAAACUUGGAGCUGAAGACCACCUUCUGAGUUGGAGUAUAUUUUCCUCUAGCCUAGGGAAUGUGUAUGUCUCCUUUCCCCAAGGAAAAGCAACAUGAAGAACGUACAUUUGGGAAACGAGUCAUCCUAAAUGCACCCCAGCCCAGCUUCUCCUACUCCUAGCCCCUUAUGCAUGGGCAGGAUAUAUUAGACUUCUAUGCUUAAAAUACUCAAAAAUUCCCCUUUCUUAAAGGGAAGAAUCAUGAUACUUUAUCAUCAUACUAGAAAUCAAACUUGGAUUAGAUCAUGCUUUGGUUUAGUCAUUUUUAAAUCUGAAUAUUCAUUUUGUGAAACAUGCUCUUUCCUGGGAAAGUGAAGAGUUAUUUAGUGGACAUUUGCUAAGUGUUAUAGACAGGGAGUUUGUGUCAGAUGGCCGCUUGACUUAGGAUGGUGAUGCUUCGAAAGGGGAUUUACAUAAAACUUUGGAGGGUAGGGCAUCCCACACUGAUUUUAAAACCCCCUGGUGUCUCUUUUAUAUAGUGUUAAGUGAUAAAAUCAUGAGCUGUUUUCUUGCACACUGGAAGCCAAAUGGUGUUAUUUGGCUAAAUUAUCUGAGAGAAAACUGGGCUCAGGUUUGAUAUGCAUUGGUUUUUGGGGUCUAAUUGUUUCAUAGGUUAACAACCAAACAAUGGAAUCCAGCAGCAAUAAUUUAGCUCAUACCUUACCUUCUUGAUGAACUGAUGUUGUUUAAUAGGCUCUUUUAAAACAAAACAAUAAUCUGAGUGUGUUCAGAUGAGGUUUAGUGUUGGGACAUAUAUGUGUAUGUAUCCCCCUGUAGAAUUACACUGUGUUUUGAAGCAUUGGUUUAAUGUAUGGCAACAUGUUUGAUGUAUUAAAAUGUUUAGCACAUGA